GUCGGAGCUGCCCUAUAACCCUAAAUAUUAUUUAUAUGAAAGAAGAAGAAUUUUUUAAUAAAUUACUUAUUAACAGAAAACUAUCCGCUCGCAGCCAAUGAAAAACUUUUACUAAAUUUUUUAUAUUCGAAUUUAAUUUGUGUAAAACCUUCCAAAGACCGUAACAGUAUCUGUCUGUUAAUUUCUUAACAUAGGCUUUUAAGUGUAUUUAAUUUAAAUCUCUGUUAUUUUUAUCGAUAAAUUUAUAUAUAUAUAUAUAAAUGUAUGUAUGCAUGUAUAUAUGUAUGUAUGUAUAUUUACAUAUUGGCAUAUGUGUACUUAAAUGUAAUGUAACGAUGGUACGGUUUCUAUACAAAUUUUUGCAUUCGCAAUAUUUAGAGACGCUUUAGUGAUCGCCUCAAACAGUACAUCGUGUCUAAAACGUACUCAUGUAUGCAUACGUAUACAUGUUUUAUAUAUAUAUUUUUUUUACAAUAAUUUCCAAGUUUUUGUGUAUAGUUUAACUGAAAAACAAAAAAAAAAAAAAUUAAAAUAUUAAAUAUUUUUAAUAAAAUUAUUGUUUUUGUUGUUGUCUUUCUAAAAAGAGUCUUGUUAAAAGUGAACCCGUGCUAUUUCAUUUUUAUAAUACAUACAAACCAAUUCAAUUAUUUUUUAAUUACAAAAAAAAAAAGUAAAUAAAUAAAAAGUAGUACGAAAAUCAAAAAAUCAAAAUGGGUUGUCCUUCGGGUGCUAUGAAAUGCGUUCUGAAUGCAAUGAACGCUGUGUUGGCAGUUUUGGGUAUUCUGAUGAUUGCCUUGGCUACUGUGUCUUUGCAAACGGCACCACCAGCUUAUGUGAUUUAUUUAUAUGUUCUGGGCAGCGUUAAUUUCUUUGCGGCUAUGCUAGGUUGUUGUGGUAUUUGUCGCGAACAUUUUUGGAUGACUGCAACGUACACUGUUAUUAUAUUGGCCUCGUUGGUAUCGCAAAUAAUUAGAAAAGCAUAUGCCUUUGAUUCGGACGCCAUUAAAGAGUUUGCCACCGCCGAUGUUGAAAGAACUUGGUUGAAUGAAAUUCAAAAUCCCGGAGCAAUGGAUAAAACUCAAGAAACGUACAAAUGUUGCGGCAAAAUUGGUCCAAAUGAUUAUGCUAACAUAAAUCGCCCAUAUCCAGCCAGUUGUUAUCGAAAAAUGACGACAUCACCCUACGAAAUUGGAUGCAUUGCAGCUGCUCAGAAGAAAUUCUUAGAAAUUUUCAAUUAUUCCUCGAACAGUGCAUGGGGAAAUUUAGCAUAUACGGCCAUCAUAUUUGCAUUUGCUUUUUAUUUGGUAAUGCGUUUUCGCCGAAAACAAUGAGGUCACAAUUGCUAAAAAGUUUGCAAUUAAUCAAAAACAUAUAUACAUAUAUAUAAUCAACCAUAACACAGCAAUCGAUGAUAUAGCGAACAGAGGAACUUAAAGCAUUUAGAUUAAUGAACUGAAAUUAUUCCCAAAGUGUAAUUAUAAUUUUUU